AUGGGUGCGAACGCGUCUCAGUUGGAGAAGGAGAUGGGAUCGAGUGAAUGGGCAGUAAACGAGCAUUACUUCGGUUUAGUGAACUUCGGGAACACCUGUUACUGCAACUCUGUCCUCCAGGCCCUCUACUUCUGCAGACCAUUCAGAGACAAAGUCCUCGAAUACAAGGCCCGCAACAAGAGGCAGACCCGCGAGACUCUACUCACAUGUCUGGCCGAUCUGUUCCACAAUAUCGCCACUCAGAAGAAGAAGACGGGAACCGUUGCGCCCAAGAAGUUCAUCGGACGCCUGCGUAAGGAGAACGAGGUGUUUGACAAUUACAUGCAACAGGACGCCCACGAGUUCCUCAACUAUCUGCUCAACACCAUCGCAGACCUCCUGCAGGCGCCCGACGCCUCCACCGCCAACACCAACGCCCACAACCCUAACCCCAACCCUCACGCCAACCCCAACCCCAACCCCAAUGCGAACCAGUGUUGGGUUCGCGACAUAUUUCAGGGAACGCUGACCAAUGAGACGCGUUGUCUGAACUGCGAGUCGCUGUCGUCCAAAGACGAGGACUUUCUGGACCUGAGUGUAGAUGUGGACCAAAACACUUCAAUCACACACUGUCUGCGAGUGUUCAGUAAUACCGAGACAUUGAGUUCAGAGCAUAAGUACUACUGCGAGAACUGCUGCUCCAAACAGGAGGCACAGAAGCGGAUGCGGAUUAAAAAGCUUCCCAUGAUUUUAGCCCUUCAUCUCAAACGAUUCAAAUACACCGAAUCCCAGAACAGACACACAAAGCUCUCCUAUAGAGUGGUGUUUCCAUUGGAGUUACGGCUCUUCAACAAGACAUCAAACGUCGAAUCAGAUGACAAACUCUAUGAUCUCGUGGCGGUUGUCAUACAUUGCGGCAGUGGACCCAAUCGCGGCCAUUAUAUAAGUAUUGUUAAGUCUUUCGGCUUUUGGCUGCUCUUCGACGACGAUUUGGUGGACAAAAUCGACGCCUCAGCCAUCGAAGACUUCUAUGGACUGCCCAGUGAUACACAAAAGACAAGUGAAUCCGGAUAUAUACUCUUCUAUCAAAGCAGGGAUUGA